CUAGUGGACAAUGAAAUGAAUGAUACUGGAGACAAAUCUGGCCAAGCUGAUCAGUUGCCCAAUAAGGAACAUGAAGAAUUUGGUCCAUACCAGACAGGCCUAAACACCCUCUACGUUUCUGAGCAGGAUGUUAAAGACGCUCUUCUGCAGUAUGUAUCCAGGAAGCAUUUCUAUAGGACUGCCCCUGCAAAGCAUAUGAAAGUCCGGAAUCUCACCCCUCUCAACACAUACAGGUAUCGUCUAGAGACCUUCACUGAACGUCGAGAAACACACUGGGCCAGUGAGCUUUAUGGUGGUGGAUUCGUAGACUCUUGUGCUGUUGCGCCCCCUCCUGCCCCUUGGGAAAUAGUAGUGGAUCCUCCUCCGUUGUUCACAGACUGUGAAAUGCAUAUCCCAGUACCCCAUACAUAUUCAGCGGAGAACUGUCCAGACUGCAAAGGACGUGGUUCAACUGUAUGCCCAUCGUGUAAAGGAGCUGGCAAGAAAACAUGCUCUGCUUGUAACGGGAAUGGAACCACCUGGCAGGAAGACGUCAAUAUCUGCUCAUACUGUGGCGGUUCAGGAAAGGUUCGUUGUUUCAAGUGCCAUGGCAAUGGAUGGCUGAAGUGUUAUCGUUGCAACGGGAGUGGCACCUUGCUGUUUCAUACUGAGCUAACAAUAACUUGGAAGAACAACAAAUUAGAACAUGUAGUAGACAAGAACGCAGGCUUUGCAGUGUACCGUUUGCAAGAAGUGGCUGGGAAAGAAAUAUUCACUGAUGAGCACUCUUCGGUAUACCCCAUUGUUAAUUUCCCUGAGCCAUCGAUUAAUGAGGGUUCACGAGUGUGCAUUGAACAACACAAAAUGCAAUUUGCAUCGGAAUGUCACAUCUUAAGACAGAAACAAACUGUUGAGGUGGUUCCUGUGUCGAAGGUGGAAUAUGAAUGGAAAGGGACGCACCAUUCCUUCUAUGUAUUUGGCAAUGAGAAGAAAGUGUAUGCCAAAGACUACCCAGGGAAGUGCUGCUGCUCAGUCAUGUGA